CCCAGCCAGUGUGCUCGGUGGCUGGCUGCCUGCGCGCGCGCGCGCGAGUGUGUGUGCGCGUGUGUGUGUACGCGUGUGUGUCUGUGUGUCUGUGUGUGCGAGCGUGUGCGUGCGCCUACUUUGUACUGUGAAGAACACAGCCCAUGUGCUCUGCAUGGACGUUACUGAUACUCUGUUGAGCGUGAUUCUCCACAAGCAGGCAAGAUGUCCAGCACACCACACGACCCCUUCUAUUCUUCGCCUUUCGGCCCAUUUUAUAGGAGACACACACCCUACAUGGUGCAGCCAGAGUACCGAAUCUAUGAGAUGAACAAGAGACUGCAGUCUCGCACGGAGGACAGCGACAACCUCUGGUGGGACGCAUUCGCCACUGAGUUUUUUGAAGACGACGCCACGUUAACCCUUUCAUUUUGUUUGGAAGAUGGACCAAAGCGAUACACUAUUGGCAGGACCCUCAUCCCCCGCUAUUUUAGUACUGUGUUCGAAGGUGGGGUGACCGACCUGUAUUACAUCCUCAAGCACUCGAAAGAAUCAUACCACAACUCCUCCAUCACGGUGGACUGCGACCAGUGUGCGAUGGUCACCCAGCACGGGAAGCCCAUGUUCACCAAGGUAUGCACGGAAGGCAGACUGAUCUUGGAGUUCACCUUCGAUGAUCUCAUGAGAAUAAAAACAUGGCACUUUACCAUUAGACAAUAUAGGGAGUUAGUCCCAAGAAGCAUCUUAGCCAUGCAUGCACAAGAUCCUCAGGUCCUGGAUCAGCUUUCCAAAAACAUCACCAGGAUGGGGCUGACAAAUUUCACCCUCAACUACCUCAGGUUGUGUGUAAUACUGGAGCCAAUGCAGGAGCUGAUGUCCAGACAUAAAACCUACAACCUCAGUCCGAGAGAUUGCCUGAAGACCUGCUUGUUUCAGAAGUGGCAGCGGAUGGUGGCCCCACCAGAACCCACCAGGCAACCGACGACCAAGCGGAGGAAACGGAAGAACUCCACGAGCAGCACGUCCAACAGCAGCGCCGGCAACGCCAGCAACAGCACCGGCGGCAAGAAGAAGAGCGCGGCCGCCAACCUGAGUCUGUCCAGUCAGGAUGUGAUGGUGGUAGGAGAGCCAACUCUGAUGGGAGGUGAGUUUGGGGACGAGGACGAAAGGCUAAUCACUAGAUUAGAAAACACGCAAUAUGAUGCGGCCAACGGCAUGGACGACGAGGAAGACUUCAACAAUUCACCCGCCCUGGGGAACAGCAGCCCGUGGAACAGUAAACCACCUGCCACCCAAGAGACCAAAUCAGAAAACCCCCCACCCCAGGCCUCCCAGUAAGAAACCCACCUCCUUGCUCCAAAGGCUCCGAGUUUCCCAUCUUCACUGACAGGAGAGGAAGAAGAGAACUAAAAACUUUUCCAAGAGCAUCUCUCUUUCCAAACCACGGCAAUCCGAGUUUCGUGUCAUUUGUUUCUCGUUUUAAUUGAGAGGAUCGUUCCGAAUAAGCUCCGUGACCCUUCUCUGGAGGCCUUCACAGGUAAUGCAGAUACUGGCACUGAUCGUAAUUAGAAGCAGAGCAAAAGCUAGCUCUUCUCUGACACAGCAGGAAUCUCGUGUCUGUGUUGAAUUUCCUUUCCCUGCAUCCAAAAAAAAAAAAAAAAGGCCCUAUUGUCAAACCCUCAGUGCUCAGGUCUCACUGACAUGCCGAAACUAACAAAAAAUGACUUUUUAAUAUUGUAAAAUAUUUUCUGCUUUUUGACUUGCAUCUGAGAGUUUCUUGUUUCAGUAAAAAAAGAAAAGAAAAAAUCAGCUUUUGGAAAGUAAUUUAAAUGUACCUAUAUAUAUAUUUUUUUUUUCCCUUCACCUUUGCUUUCAUUGGGUAACAGCUAAGAGGGCCCCGACAGGGUAAUUUGUGGGCAAGCUGAUGUCUAUUUGUUUGCUGAGCCCAAGAUGGUUCAAUUUGGUCCAAGUGCUGAAACAAGAAAUGUCUUUUGCCAUCAAAGACAUUGAUGCAAAUUUUUAUGUAAAGAAAGAUACUUGGCCCCUUGAAAAUUGAUGCGUUUGUAAAAUUGCUGUUGAUCCAAAUACUUUCAAGCCAUUAAUCCAUUAAUUUUUGUGAGCAGUUCACUAAAUCUAAAACCUUUUUGUGUUUUUUAUUGUACCUGAGUUGACUGUUAUUUCUUUUCAUAGUAUAUUUCUUGUAUAAUAUUUUGUAAAGCCCUUGCCUGGUUCUUUUCUGGGGACUUUUCUUGGCGGGCAAUGCCAGUGUAUUUAUGUGAAACUUUAUAUGAGUACUAAGUUUCCAUUUGCAUAUUAAUAUGUUUCUUCACACCUGUAAAGACACAGUGGCUCCGUGUGUUAUAUAACAGCUGUAUUUUAUGUAUGCUUUACUGAUAAGUGUGCCAAUAAUAAACUAUGUUAAUGACCAAU